AUGGUCACGUCGACGCCUACAAUCUCUAGACAACGCCCUGGCUCGGCCUGUGAAGAGUGUCGACGGCGCAAAGUGCGCUGUGACCGUCGUCGGCCUCAGUGUCAGGUGUGUUUCGAGACAGGGAUUGAGUGCAAGAUCAACACCACCAGAUUGCCUCGGGGACCUCGAAAGGGCCAGUUGCGUACGCUGCGGACAAGAAUCGCUGCCCUAGAGCGCUGCCUCGCAGAUCAGCAUCCCGAGAUCAACCACCAGAUGGCGAGUCUGUUUGACGGCACGGUACUUGACUGCGACUCGGAGGAUGAUCCCCUCCGUGACCUCACUUCACUGUCUGAUUCAAUCCCGGUUUCAGUACCUCUGUCAACUCUCCCGGACCCGGUGUUGGCCCCUGGAGAGGAGCUGGAGAUGCGCGAGAGAGAUGCUCAUCCCACUAUCUCAUCUACUAAGAUUCAAUCGCCGAGGACCCCAGAGUCGUUACCACGGUCGACAGGCCUGGUCUCGGAAUUGAUGCGAGCUGAACUUGAUCAACUGUAUUUCGAUCGGGUGCACCCGUUUGCGCCUAUCCUCCAGCGCUGGCGCUAUCACGUCUGGGCUCGCCAACCUAAGAAGUCCGACAGCCAGGUCUGUUUACAAUACGCCAUGUGGACGGUGGCAGCCUCUCUGUCUGCCCAGUUUCAGGCAUUACGUGAUCAGCUGUACACCGAGACGCGCAGGAUUCUCGAUUCCUUAGAUCGACCGGAUAGCAUCACAAUGGUCGCAGGGCUGGAACAGGCCCAGGCAUGGAUUCUGAUCGGGCUUUACGAGUACAUGCAACGGUCGGCUCUCCAGGCCUGGAUGAGCAUAGGAAGAUGCUGCCGACUGGUAUUAGGAAUGCGGCUCUAUGAGCUGGACGAUUCCACCAACCCGGUGACGAUGGCACGGGAACAGGAAGCUAUGUUGGUGGAUUGGAUCGGGCUGGAGGAGCAGCGCCGGACUUUCUGGAUGGCGUAUUCGUUGGAUCGAUUUAUCAGUUUCCACAACGGGCUGCCGUUUACUCUGCAUGAACCCGUGAUCACCACGCGGCUGCCCAGCCCGGAAGAGGAGUUCCAAUGCGGGCAACCAACCCUAACGCCAUACCUUCGCGAAGUAAUGAACCAGCAUCCUCUGCUUCAUCACCCAGUCCAACCCACUCUAUACCAAUACCCCCAUCUGCAUGCUCAGCAGCAGCAACAUCCUCCCCACAUCUACGCAGUUCCCCAUUCCCCGACCUCCCCAACCCACCUGACAAUGGCCUUCCCCCCCGUGGCAGUGGCAACCCCCACCAAUCCCACAGCAACAACAACCCCCGUCCUCAACCCCGAUCUCAAUAGCCAAGUCACCCACUCAAACUCAAGCUUCACCGAAUUCAUCAUUCUCGCCACGAUCAUCGGUCGCGCCCUCUCGCACCGCCAAGCGCUGGUCAUGGAGCAACCCUUCCAACCAUUCCACCACCCACCUCUGUCCCCGACAAGCCCCCACACCCCGCUCCCCAAUUCCCUCGACACCUUCUGGAACCGCCACCACGCCCUUCACGCCCUCUUCAGCGCCCGCAUCCAGUCGCUCUCGUCCAACCCCCAGGCUCCAGACGACCCAUUGAUCAUGUUCGCGCGCAUCGUCGCGCAAAGCAUGGUACUGUUCCUGCACAACGUCCUCGAGUCCGUCGCGUGGAAGUCCGGCGGCGAUCAGCUGCUCGGCAUCAUCGAGGACGAGCGGCUCUGUGUGCUCGCCGCGCAUGAGGUCGUCGGCCUGGUCAAGGUGCAAGGCCAGUUGGGGUACUUUAAGGUCCACCCACUCACCCCCAUCCCGCUGAUGAUGUGCACCGAAUUCCUGACGGCGCAUGCGUACCUGGACCCCUCGUUCGAGGUCAUGUUGCACGAGCUGCUGGAAUGUCUGGGCGCUCUGGAGAGAGUCAAGAACCCCGUGCAGAGUCCGACCUUGUCCGUGGUGGUUUAA